AUGGAGCCUCCCCCCUCUCUAAGCUUGGCUCUGCUAGGAGGGAGCGAGGAUGAGGACCAGCGCUUCCUCUUUCCCCUGGGCAUUAUAUCCCAUCCCUCCACCACUGGCAAUCAGCCAGGAUCAAACCACUCCAACCACAUGGGAGGAUCAAGCCUCGACCGUCUAAAUGGCAGCACCCCGUCCCCGUCCCCUGCCACGCCCAACUUACCUCCAACAUCGCUCCCCAAGUUACCCCUGUCCUCCUCUGGAGCCCAGCCUCUGCCCCCACCCAUCCCCAACGCCCUGCACCCCACCAGCACCCCACUGUCCUCCUGCUUGGGCUCGCAGCACAGCCUGAGCGGGGACAACUCCCCGGUCUACAACGCCCUCUUUUACUCCUCCCACUCACCCUCCAUGGAGCGGGAGAGGGACAGAGAGCGUGACAGGGACAGGGAGAGAGAGAGGGGCUGCAAACACAGACAGGCCAGCCCUCUGGUUCACCGUAGGGACAGUAACCCCUUCACGGAGAUCGCCAUGAGCUCCUGUAAGUACACAGGCGGGGUCAUGAAGCCCCUGAGCCGCCUCAGCGCCUCCCGCAGAAACCUCAUCGAAUCAGACAGCAGCAGUGAAACCAAAGAGGGUGGCGUUUCAGCUCGAGAAGCCCUACCUACCUCUUCGGUGGCCCAGUCCUCUACCAAUCAACCCCCAAUCCAGAGCCCUCCAGAGAUUGUGAUUUCAUCCAAAGAAGACUCGCCGUACCUCAGAGGAGGGUAUGACAUCACUGACUCCACAUCCAACCAGAUGUCCAUCUACCACCAGAACCACGCGCUGGUGGAGAGCAGGCGGGCGCAGCCGGGGAGGGGCAGCAGGCAAGGAGGGGUCGGGGCGGUGGGCACCGGGCCUAGGGGCAGCACCUCCAAGGCCCCUAAACGGAAGAACCAAAACAUUGGCUAUAAACUGGGGCAUCGCAGGGCAUUGUUCGAAAAGAGGAAGAGGCUGAGUGACUAUGCCCUCAUCUUUGGAAUGUUUGGCAUCGUCGUCAUGGUGAUUGAGACGGAGCUGUCAUGGGGCGUGUACACAAAGAGCUCCAUGUAUUCUCUGGCCCUGAAGUGUCUGAUCAGCCUGUCCACAGUCAUAUUGCUGGGCCUCAUCAUAGCCUACCAUGCACGGGAGGUUCAGCUGUUUGUCAUCGACAACGGAGCGGAUGACUGGCGCAUCGCCAUGACGAUGGAGAGGGUCCUGCUGAUUGCGCUGGAGCUGCUGGUGUCCGCGGUGCAUCCAGUGCCCGGGGACUUUAAGUUUCAGUGGCGGGCGCGGCUGGCCUUCUCGUAUGCGCCGUCGCAGGCCGAGGCCGACCUGGACAUGGUGUUGAGCGUGCCCAUGUUUCUGCGCCUUUACCUCAUCGCCAGAGUCAUGCUUCUGCACAGUAAACUCUUCACCGACGCCUCCUCCAGGAGUAUAGGUGCCCUAAAUAAGGUGCAUUUUAACACACGGUUUGUAAUGAAAACCCUCAUGACUAUCUGCCCUGGGACGGUGCUGCUGGUCUUCAGCAUCUCUCUGUGGAUCAUUGCUGCCUGGACCGUGCGAGUGUGUGAGAGGUACCACGAUGCCCAGGAUGUGACCAGUAACUUCCUGGGAGCCAUGUGGCUUAUCUCCAUCACUUUCUUGUCCAUCGGCUAUGGAGACAUGGUUCCUCACACCUACUGUGGCAAAGGAGUCUGUCUGCUCACAGGAAUCAUGGGUGCGGGCUGUACAGCUCUGGUGGUUGCCGUGGUAGCGAGGAAGCUGGAGCUGACCAAGGCCGAGAAACACGUACACAACUUCAUGAUGGACACGCAACUCACCAAGCGGAUAAAGAAUGCGGCGGCUAACGUGCUGAGGGAGACCUGGCUCAUCUACAAACACACCAAGCUGAUGAAGAAGAUCGACCACUCCAGAGUCCGCAAACACCAGCGGAAGUUCCUCCAGGCUAUACAUCAAUUACGCAGUGUGAAAAUGGAGCAGAGGAAACUCAGUGAUCAGGCCAACACACUAGUGGACCUCUCAAAGAUGCAGAGCGUCAUGUAUGAGCUGAUGUCGGAGCUCAACGACCGCAGCGAAGACCUGGAGCGCCAGAUGCUGUCUCUGGAACAGCGGGUGGAGCAACUCACUGCCGGCUUCAACGCCCUCCCUGCCCACCUCUCAGCCACCCUCAGUGCCCAGCACGCUGCCCUGGUCCACCUGCUGCGAGAGAGGGAUGCAAGGGAUGGAAGAGGAGGAGGUGGAGGAGGUGCUGUGGUCCCACUGUCCCCAGCAGCUUCUUUAACCCCUGCCCCAGCUUCAGUUUCUCCAGUCCAGGUCACAGCUCCAGCACCACCCCCAGCCCAGGUCCCUACUUUGGCCUUGGAGUCCCCUCUCUCACCCCCACCACUGAGCCCAGAGGGGAGCCUGGAGGCUAGUCCCAGCCCUAACACCUGCACCUCAAGCUGCUGA